CGCAGAAGGACCACUGGUGGCCGAAGUGAUGCCAGGCUGACGAAUUCAUCAUUGAAGCCGUCCACCUGAAGCAGCAAAUCUACAUGCUGAUUAGAAAGUGGAAUUCAAAGGCUGUGGGGCUGAAUUUUGUAACGUGUGAUACUUCCUUUACAAAUGGCUUGACAAAAAUGAGGACGAUGGCCAGAUCGUUCGAGAGUUGGUUCCAGAUGGGAGAUCGUCUAUGCUGGAAAAUAUCAGUUAUCACAUCAGUAUUAAGACAGGAGAUGUUCCCGGAGCCAGCUCAGAUUCGAAGGUUUUGAUCAAGCUGUAUGGUGAGAAAGCAGACACCAAAAAGGAACUUCUGCUGGUUUCUGAUAACGAUUUAGGAAAUUACUUUGAACGUAGCCGGAUAGAUGUCUUUACUCUGGAUACGAUGGACAUUGGGAAGAUCCAUCGGAUUCUAAUCGGGCAUGACAAUGUGGGCCUCCAGGCAGGCUGGCACCUUGGUAGCGUUCAGAUUAUCAUCCCUGUCCACGGCAAGAUGUACAACUUCCCAUGCAACCGAUGGCUUGACAAAAACGAAGCUGACGGGAAGGUAGAGAUUGAGGCCUACCCCAGCGAAAUCAUGGAGAUUGAGAAAUUGAUCAAUUAUGAGGUCUGCACCAUUACUGGAGAUGUGAGGAACGCAGGCACCAACGCAAAAGUCUUCCUGCAGGUUUACGGUGAGCUGGGUAAAACGGAGGUAUUGAUUUUGAAGAACAGAUCCAACAACCAUGAACGGGGAGCUUUGGAAAAAUUCAAGAUAGAAGCUGUUGAUGUUGGCAGAAUCUAUAAGAUCCGAAUUGGCCACGAUGGGACAGGCUUCGCUGACGGAUGGUUCCUGGAAAAGGUCAUCAUUAAAAAAAUGGUGACCAAGACCAGCGAGCAAGACAAAAAGAAGAAAAAGAAGAAAAAGAAACCCACAGAAGAGAAAGAAGAAGGGGGGACAAACCAGCCAGAUCUUAUGGAGGUUUAUAAUUUUGUAGCCCAUCGUUGGCUGGCGAGGGAUGAAGAGGACAAGGAACUGGUGGUGGAGUUGACACCCGAAGAGGGAUCUGAGCUUGAAGCAAACACCUACGAAGUCCAUGUGAUAACAGGGAUGAUAUGGGGAGCUGGUACCGAUGCCAAUGUUUACUUGAGCAUCUAUGGUGAAAGGGGAGACACUGGGGAACGUCAUUUGAAGUACUCGAAUCAUCUGAACAAGUUUGAAAAGGAACAGGUGGAUGUAUUCACCGUCAAAGCCAUUGACUUGGGAGAACUGAAGAAACUGAGAAUUCGCCAUGAUGAUUCUGGAAGCAAUUCAGCCUGGUUCCUGGAAAGAAUUGACAUCAUUGACACCAAAGAGGAUAGCAUUUAUUAUUUCCCCUGCCAGAGAUGGUUGGCAGUGGAGGAAGAUGACGGUCAGAUUGCCAGGGAGCUGGUCCCAGUGGCUGAAGCCUUUGUGAUGAAGGGUUCGGAGAAUGCAGGCUCUGUUGCCACCCUCGGCCUGGAACAGAAAGCUAAUUCAACGACAUUCACAGUAAGAGUGAAAACAGGAGACAAGAAAAAUGCCGGGACGGACUCCAAUGUCUUUAUCAUCCUUUACGGAUCCAAAGAUGACACAGGGACAAUCUACUUGAAGGCUUCCAAGACUAACCGGAACAAAUUUGAGCGAGAUAAAGUUGAUGUCUUCACGGUAGAAUGUGUGGACCUCGGAGAUCUGAAGAAGAUAAAGAUUGGCCAUGAUAAUACAGGUCAUUCUGAAGGGUGGUUUUUAGAUUGGGUUGAGGUGGAUGCUUCUUGCCUUGGACUUUGCCUGAAGUUUCCUUGUGGUCGUUGGCUGGAUAAAUCUGAAGAUGACGGAGCCAUCGAAAGGGUCUUGUUUCCUGCAGAACUGCAAACGACGACGUACACCCCAUUUGUUCCCUACGAAAUUACUGUCUACACCAGUGACGUUUUUGGAGCAGGUACCGACGCUGACGUCUUUAUCGUUCUGUACGGGGCUGACGGCAUUUGCACUCAACAGAAACCCCUGUGCCAAAACAAGAGGGAACGAAGGAUGUUCUUUAAGAGGAAUUCUAUAAAUCAGUUCAUCGUGGAGCUAGAAGACGUUGGCGACAUUCUUGAAAAAAUCCGCAUUGGGCACGAUGGCUCAGGUAUCAAUUCAGGCUGGCACCUUGAUCAAGUAGACAUACGGAGGCUUUUACCAAAUGGAAAGGGUUCUGAGAAAACCACAUUUCCAUGUGAAAAAUGGCUGGCGAAAUCUGAAGACGAUGGGGAAAUUAUGAAGGAACUGGUUCCAUCCAGAAUUUUUACUGAAAAACUAAUGAAAGAUGGCACUCUGAAGCAGAUUGAUGAAGAAAUUGAUGACUCACUGGAAAUCUAUUCGUACAAAGUCUCUGUUUUCACGGGUGAUAUUUACGGCGCCGGAACAGAUGCGAAUGUGUUCCUAACCAUCUACGGAGACUUGGGCGACACCGGUGAGAGAAAACUAAGGAAGUCUGAAACAAAUACUAACAAGUUUGAAAGAGGACAGGAAGACAUCUUCACAAUGGAAGCUGUCGACCUUGGAACCAUCUGUAAAAUCAAGAUACGCCACGACAACACUCUGCCAAGGCCAGAUUGGUACUUGGAGAAAGUUGAGGUCCUGAACGAUGCCACCGACAGUGUCUACCUAUUUGAGUGUGAACGUUGGCUGUCAAGGAAAAAGGAAGAUCUGAGCAUUGAGCGAAUCCUUUGGGAAAAAAACUAUGAUCCUGGCUGCCUGAGCGUAGGAAAUGCAUCCCUGAACCAAGACGACAACGCCAAUCUAAAGGACAAGAAGACCAACAGCUCUGCGCUCGAUGGGUCACUCAUUCCUUACCACAUCCUCCUGAUUACUGGGAAAGAACACGACUCAAGCACCAGCAGCCGAGUUUUCAUAAUCAUCAUAGGUCCUCAGGAAAAGUCUACCGGCCACAUGUGGCUCGAUCUCACGGAAGGAAAGACCCAAUUUGCGGAGUCUUCUGUGGAGAAAUUCUCUGUUAUGGGAGUAGACGUUGGCGAAGUCAGAAAAAUUGAGAUUGGCCAUGAUGGGGCUACGCCAGAAAGCUCCUGGCUCUUGGAUGAAUUCAGUGUCACGGUGCCAACUAAGGGUGUGAUAUACACUUUUGUUUGCAAAUGCUGGCUGGCUCAGGAUAGAGGAGAUGGCCUCACAUCACGUGUCUUCAACAUCCUGGAUGCAGAUUGCAUCAAUAUUGGCUUAAAGAUUCUCUAUGAAGUGACUGUGGAGACUGGAGAUUUGUCAGAGGCUGGGACGGACACCGGCAUUUUUUUCACAUUAUUUGGAUCGAGUGGGUGUUCAGAAGAGAUUCAGCUGGAAAAAAUUGGAAACAGAUUUGAAAUUGGCCAAAAGGAUACUUUUAUCCUAGAAAUUCCAGAUAUUGCGCCACUCAAGAAGAUGCGAAUAAGGACAGACGGAAGAGGAUGCCGCCCUGACUGGUUUCUGGAACAGGUGACAAUGAAGAAUUUGUCCACUCAAGAGGUUGCCACGUUCACCUACAGCGACUGGCUCUCCAAGCAGUGGGGGGACAACCUGACCCUCGAGUGUGAGCUUGCAGCGAUGAUCAACGACGAGCUGAUGAUGGAAGACACCACGUAUGUUAUUCAGGUGAAAACCAGCAAUAUCGGAGCUGCUGGAACCGAUGCCAAUGUGUCCAUGAUUAUUUGGGGCGAGAACGGGGACAGUGGGAUCUUGGCUUUGAAGGAAUCGAACAAGUCCAACAAGUUUGAAAAGAACCAGCUGGAUGUUUUCUAUUUUCCUGACAUCUUCAGUCUCGGGGAUCUCUGCAAAGUGCGUAUCUGGCAUGACAACAAAGGAAUCGCACCAGGCUGGCAUCUGGAAUACAUUGAUAUUGAAGACUCCCUUAUGGACAAAAUUUUCCGUUUCCAGUGUGACCGCUGGCUUGCGAAAGAUGAAGAUGACGGCCAGAUUAUCCGGGAACUGGCUUGUGCCAAUAAUGACAUUUUGGAAUUGAAAGAACGAACCUCUUAUGAGAUCCUCACCAUUACCAGCAAUAAGGAGGAUUCCGAGACCAAGGAAAACGUAUCCAUUAUUUUUGAAGGCAAGAGAGGACGUUCCAAGGAGUUCCUUCUGGAGAACUCCUCCAGAAAGAGAAGAUUUUUAAGAGGAGCAUCGGAUGUAUUCCAGUUUUCUUCAAAAAACGUUGAUGAUAUCGCCGCCGUUUGUGUUGGUCACUGUCCGAAAGAUGGGAAGAGACUGAGGGCGAAACCAGACGUAUAUUGGCAUGUUCAGGAAGUCGUCAUUACAGAGAUGGAACUUGGCAACAAGUAUUUCUUCAAAUGUAAUGCAAAAAUUCCACUCCGCGCCAAGAGAGGAGACUACAAGGUGUUUGAGUGUGCCAAGGUGAUCGAAAGCUUCGCCAGCAAAGCUCGGAGUCUGGUGCCCGUCAGAUACGAAGCGAUUGUCGUGACAGGCUCUCAAAAAGGAUCUGGCACUGAUGCCAAUGUCCACAUUACCAUAUUUGGGGUGAACGGGGAUUCGGGCAAGCGGCGUUUAAAGCAGAAAUUCCGCAAUCUCUUUGAACGGGGCAGCACCGAUCGGUUUUACCUGGAAAUUCUCGAACUCGGAGAGUUGAAGAAAGUUCGCGUCGAGCACGACAGCAGCGGACUCUCUCCCGGGUGGCUGGUGGAACGGGUCGAGAUCACCAACUCAGCUACGGGCAUAACGACCAACUUUCCAUGCGGGAAAUGGUUGGAUAAGAAUAAAGGGGACCAAUUAACAUGGAGGGAAUUGUUUCCCAGAAGUUAAUGGCAACUUUAGAAUAGAACUAAAUGGACUGCCAUUUGUCAGAAGUGGUGUAGGGUCUCCUGCUUGAGAGGGGGGGGGUGUUGGACUAGAUGACCUAUA